AUGUCUCAAGAGCCUAAGCCCCUCCCCUUCGUGUACCAGUUCAUCGCUGGUGCCGUUGCUGGUGUGUCCGAGAUUCUUGUCAUGUACCCAUUGGAUGUCGUCAAGACAAGAAUCCAGCUCCAAAGCUCAACCGCUACCGGUGAGGAGGCCUACAACAGCAUGGUCGACUGCUUCCGCAAGAUCGUCCGCAAUGAAGGCUUCUCAAGGCUGUACAGAGGUAUUGAGGCUCCUAUCCUCAUGGAAGCUCCCAAGAGAGCUACCAAGUUCGCUGCCAACGACGAGUGGGGCAAGUUCUACCGUAACCUCUUCGGCGUCACCAAGAUGACCCAGGGUCUCUCCGUCCUGACUGGCGCCACCGCUGGUGCUACCGAGUCUUUCGUCGUCGUUCCCUUCGAGUUGGUCAAGAUCCGUCUGCAAGACAAGGCACAAUCACACAAGUACAACGGUCUGGUCGACUGUGUACGCAAGGUCGUCCAACAAGAGGGUGUUCUUACUCUAUACCAAGGUCUUGAGAGCACAAUGUGGAGACACAUUCUGUGGAACGCUGGUUACUUUGGCUGUAUCUUCCAAGUCCGCGAGCUCCUUCCCAAGGCCGAGAACAAGAAGUCUCAAGUCUUGAAUGAUCUGGCUUCUGGUGCUGUUGGUGGAACUGUCGGUACAAUCUUGAACACUCCCAUGGAUGUUGUCAAGAGCAGAAUCCAAAACUCCCCCAGAGUGCCUGGAGGUGUGCCCAAGUACAACUGGGCCUGGCCUGCCCUCGGCACGGUGUACAAGGAGGAAGGUUUCAGCGCUCUGUACAAGGGUUUCUUGCCCAAGGUCUUGAGACUGGGUCCUGGUGGUGGUAUCCUGCUCGUCGUCUUCACCGGCGUUAUGGACUUCUUCAGAAAGAUGAAGGCAGAGGUUUAGGUGAAGCUUGUGAAUAUCGAGCAGCGUGGUGUUUCUUCUUGGAAAAUGUCUUCGACCGUCUUCAGGAUAUACAGUACCCCUUGUAUGAAAACCAACAACGAACAAACUACUCACGACUCAUGCAACUCUCGAAAGUGAAGGAAGAUUGGCAAUCGAGC